AUGAGGAACCCGUGUCCCAAACUGGAGCAUAAAAGAACCUGGGCCUUGGGAUCAGCCUCGGAGGACGUAGAGGGAGCCCCUAGACAGGGCUGUCCCAUGUUCUCCAGCCCUCUUGGGCCCUCCUCCCGGGCCCCCCGACUUCACCCCAUCGUCUCCCCGGCAGCCCCCACCAUGCAGGCGUCUCUCCCGGGCUGCAUCCGGGUCUGGGUAGGGGGACGACUCUUUGUAGCUGACAAGGCCUUGUUGGUGGAAAACAGCGACUUCUUCCGGGGCCUCUUCCGGUCGGGGAUGCAGGAGGCCAGCGGAGGCGAGGUCCGCCUCGGGGUGCUCAGUGCCGGUGGCUUCCAGACGACCCUAGAGGUCCUGGGGGGGCAGCGACCAGCCUUGGGGGACGAGGAGGAAUUGUUUCAAGCUGUGGAAUGUGCUGCCUUCCUGCAGGCCCCGCCGUUGGCCCACUACCUCAGCCACAGCCUCACCUCGGACAACUGCGUGGCCUUGUGUGAGGCCGCCUGGGCCUUCGGCCUGUGGGAUGUGCUCCACGGGGCGGCGCUCUUCAUUCGGGACGGUCCCCCGGAGCUGACCCACGAGCUGUCCCCGGAGGUGCGGGCCUACGUGCAGGCCCUGAGGCCCAGCAGCUUUGUGGCCGUGGGCACCCACACUCCCACCCCCCAGUACCUGGAGGAUGCCACUCGGACCCUGUGCUACCUGGACGAGAAGGAGGACGUGUGGCGGACUCUGUCGUCCCUGCCGGUGGAGGCCAGCACCUUGCUGGCCGGAGUCACCACCCUGGAGAACAAGCUGUACAUCGUGGGGGGCGUCCGGGGGGCCAACAAGGAAGUCGUGGAGCCGGGUUUCUGCUACGAUGCCGACCGGGGGACCUGGCACGAGUUCCCCAGCCCCCACCAGGCUCGCUACGACGUGGCUCUGGUGGGCUACGAGGGCAGCCUCUACGCUAUCGGGGGAGAGUUCCAGAGGGUGCCCCUGAGGUCAGUGGAGAGGUACGACUUUGCCUCUGGCUGCUGGACCUUCAUAGCAGACCUCCCCCAGCCCGCCGCGGGCGUCCCCUGCGCCCAGGCCCUCGGCCGCCUCUUCAUCUGCCUGUGGCAGCCCUCGGACACCACGGCGGUGUAUGAGUAUAAGCCCCGGGCCGACUCCUGGCUUCCCGUGGCCUCCCUGAGGAGGCCUCAGAGCUACGGCCACUGCAUGGUGGCCCACCGAGACAGCCUCUACGUGGUCCGGAAUGGGCCCUCCGAUGACUUCCUUCACUGCGCCAUCGACUGCCUGAACCUGGCCACGGGGCAGUGGACGGCCCUCCCGGGCCAGUUCGUCAAUAGCAAGGGGGCGCUUUUUACGGCUGUGGUCAGAGGGGACACGGUCUACACGGUCAAUCGGAUGACCACCCUGCUCUACAGCGUGGCCAACGGCUCCUGGCGGCUGCUGAGGGAGAAGGCGGGUUUCCCCAGGCCGGGCUCACUGCAAACCUUUCUUCUCCGGCUGCCCGACGUGGCCUUGGCCCCAGCGGUCUCCUCCCCGGAGCCAUGA